CAAACACCCUAUCCUCCCAAGGGCCAUUGGAUCUAUGAAGAAACUGCUGCCUACAACUGCUGGAAAGACUGGAUUGUCUCUGGUCACCAACCAGAUUCUCGCAUACCUCGCAAACCUCUGCUUCACAUUAAUCCCUCUAACCUCCAACUAGUGGUGCAUGAAGCAGAAAGCUGCAUUAUUAGGGAUGCAGCAGAUUCCAGCAUCAUUGCAGUAGUAAUGAGAAAUUUCUGUGGCCAUCCUGGGGUAUUAUCUUGGGUUGAUGAAGUCAUCUGUAAUGUAGUGCAGGAAAAAAAAAGUAUCAGGCUUGAAGAUCCAGGCACUCUUGCUCAAAUAGGAUAUUCUGCAGGAUCCCGCUCUGCAUCCAAAUUUGACUGGGUGAAAAACCUGCGGACAACCAGACUCUCUUCUGAUGAGGUGGAUGCACUGGACUUUAGUUCAAGUUCAGUUUUUGCACUAUUUUGGAAUAUGUGCAAGGCUUCACUGCCCCAGGAUAUCAUUGGUGAUUUCUACAAGUUUCUGGAGACCAACAAUAUCUGCCGCAUGGACAAAGUAGGAAAUUCUACCAACAACUUGGAUCCACUGGGCCGAUAUGUGGUUGGAAUAGGAGAGAAGGGUGUCUACUAUGAGUUUAAUGGGGUGGAAAUGGCACCUCCAGCUGGUGUCUUUGCCUUAAAUUAUUCUAGGGCAACUCAUUCAGAGAUCCAGCCUCAUAAAUUUGCUCUUUCAUGGACAACGAACCGAUCACCUCAAAGUAUUGGUGGACACUUUUAUAUCAGCUCUCAUGGUAUUCAGAUUAAAAGUGCUUCCAACACUCUUGUGGUCUGGCAGCCAAAGGAUGUUCAUGGCACCAGUCUUCAAGUUCGGAACCCUGAUGAUCCCAAUCCAGCCUUCAUCCAGACUGGAAUGGCUAUAGUAACUUCAAACAGACUUCCUAAUGCAUGGAAAAAGUACAAGGAUACUAAUUCCGGAAUCACUCAAUUGCAGUUGGAGCUACAAGGGGAGGAAGUAGAUGACACCCCAGACACUUACCCUACUAGUUAGUAGUAUUUGCACU